AAAGGGGGAACCCCUAGCAGUCUGGUUUUUCUGUUCUAGAUCGUAGUGUCUUUCCAUUUAAAGGCAAGUGAACGCUCUAGUUGUUUUGAAGCAUCAUUUCCCACUUUGGUCAUUCAACCAAAAAGCUUCCUUUCGACCUUUCAUGUAAGUUUUUCUCCUUGUUCGACUGCUUGCACAAAGCUAAUUCGAAGAAAAUACAACAAAGGUUUCUUGUAUUGUGAAUUAUGAAGAGGUUCAGCAGCUCAGAUUCAUUGGGUGCUUUGGUCUCCAAUUUCCCAUCAAAAGAGGGGGGGAAGCUUGCAAAGGACAACUAUGGUUAUAGCAAGGAGUUGCAGGCAAUGUUAGAUUCGUUAAACCAAGAAGAUGUUGGGGAAGAAAUGUCAGGGAAGAAAAGGCGAUUGAAUUCGGAGCAAGUCAAGGCAUUGGAGAGAAACUUUGAGGUUGAGAACAAGUUAGAGCCAGAGAGGAAGGUCAAACUGGCUGAGGAAUUAGGCCUGCAACCGAGACAAGUGGCAGUUUGGUUUCAAAACCGCCGCGCACGGUGGAAGACUAAGCAGUUGGAAAGAGACUACAGCAUCCUCAAAACCGACUAUGAUGGUUUAAAGCUCAACUUUGCUAGCCUUGAGAGACAGAAUAAAGCUCUUGCUGAAAAGCUAAGGCAGUUAAAAGCAAAGCUGUGCGGAGAGACUGCAGAGAGGAACGAUUCUGUGAAGGAAGAAUCACCAAUUUCAAUGUGCAAAAGCAGUGAAAAUUUAGAGGUGGAUUUAAUCAAGAACUUGAAAUUCAAAGAUGGCUCAUCAGAUAGUGAUUCAAAUGGCGUUCUUAUGAAGGAAGAGAGCAAUGGAAAUUCAUCUCUUGGAUUUAAUAAUAAUAGAAAUUCAAUUUCUUCAAAUUCCAUGGUGAAUUGGUUUCAAUUAUCAGACUCCAGAUCAGUGGGUGGAAAAGGGUUUCACGCUCAGACUGUGAGGAUGGAAGAGCAGAGUUUUUUCAGCACAGAUGAGUCCUGCAAUUUCUUUUCAGUUGAUCAAGCUCCAAGUCUUCAUUGGUAAAUCUGCUGAGCAGUAAAAAUAGUUGGACCUUAUUUAAAAGUUUUUUAAUAUGAUCUAAUAAAAAUUGAAUUUUGUAAUUUAGGAGCAAAAA